AUGGAAGCCACCAAUUCUCUCACCACAGUCGAGCCAUUCGUGCCAGCGUUCUACAGUCGUCCCGGCCCUGUGUGUGAGUUGAAAAGGUGGUCUUCCAGUCUGUUACGUCAGGCAAGUAUCAUCUGUUUCUCGACCAGUACCACUCCUGAUUCGUUCAUUGGUUCCAGUGCAUUAUUAGUCAUCAACCAUCCAUCGCCCGCCUGUCACCUGAACACUCUGGGACGCAUUGAAGUUAGCACUGCGGAAGCCCCUUCUUCUUCCGCCACAGUCGAGUUAAUCCAGUCAUCGUCCUGCAGUCGUCCUGGACCUGUGUGUGGGCUUGGAGAAGGGGUCUUCCAACCCGCAACUCAAGGCAAGUAUGUUCGUGUCAUCACCAGUUUCGCUCCUAAUUUGUUCGUUGCUUCCAGCGCCUCACCGCCUCAAGAGCAACAACCGGCUGGUUCGACUGAAACGUCAUACUCCGAUGGCUUCAAAUCCCACAUCACCGAUGGGACAUACAGCACUGCACCGGAUCUUGCUCGCCACGUUUUGGAACAUCCCAGACCAGAACGCGUUGCCUGCUGCCUCAAGGAAGCCCCUGAGCCACUCAACCCAGUCGCGCUUGCUGAUUCCUGUCAUCCCAAAGUGGAAUCGAAGAUCCCAGUCAGCUCAACUCCACGUUGGCCUAAAAAUGACCGCUUUGAUUCCGGUCGUGGCACCCCGAAACGUCGCCGUACUUCAUCUAGCACUGACGACAAGCCCAUACUGUGUGGUAAGAAAGCACCUAUCGACUCGGUCAGAACCGUGGACCUGAACGAUGAUCUGGUACGAGAAACCUCGGGUUGCCAAGUUGGUUCCCAGAUGAAAAGAUCCGUCAACGUUUCCUUCAAAGUCGGCGUCAACCAAAACAAACGGGAUGUUGCCCUUUCCUGCGAUUCGUGGCCGGAGGGCAUUCAGUUCCGUGAGUUCGAUGAUUCCCGGUCAAAGAAGACCGUGUCUGGAGCCGACGUGAACAAGCCGCAACCGCCGCCGCAACCACCGCCGCAACCGCCGCCGCAACCACCGCCGCAACCGCCGCCGCAACCGCCGCCGCAACCGCCGCCGCAACCGCCGCCGCAACCGCCGCCGCAACCGCCGCCGCAACCGCCGCCGCAACCGCCGCCGCAACCGCCGCCGCAACCGCCGCCGCAACCGCCGCCGCAACCGCCGCCGCAACCGCCGCCGCAACCGCCGCCGCAACCGCCGCCGCAACCGCCGCCGCAAUCGUCGAAGGGCCCCACCGUGUGUCACCGAGAAUCAGCGAGGAGAAAGGGAAGUUCAUCAAUCCAUCCAAAUCCGAACGUCUUUGGGGAAAGUACUCUGCUCGUAGCCGCCCCGCCGGAGUAA